UGCUUCCUCAUCACUCUUUUUUCUUCCUUUCUCUCUCCAUCCCCUUGUUUUACUCUUGUGUGGCUCUUCUUUCUCUCUCUCUCUCCAGUUUAGUCUCCAUGAAGGGGUCCAUUUUAUGCAUCUCCCCAUCUCACUGCGGAAGCUUUUUUUGGCUUUUGGGUACCCUCUUUCUUGCUUUUUAGUGAGUUUUCAGAAUUUUUUGUCCUUUAUUUUCAACACCCAUUUGUGUUUAUGAGCUUUAAAAUCUUGUGGAGAGAAAGACGGAAGGAGUCUGAAAAUCUGAAUCUCAGUUUCUUGGGUUUCGGGUUCUUGAAGAAAAAACCUUACUUUCUCUGAUCAUGCAAACAAAUUAACCAUCUUUGUUUUUUUGUUGUUGUUGCUUAGAGGAGGGUGGGGUUAGUGCAUGAGUCCUUGAUGCUUUUUUUCUUUUCUUUUCUUUUUGUUAUAGAAAAAACAAAAGUUACCACUGUUUUUGGGCUUUUGAUUGUGCUCUUAGUUUCAUGGAGAAAGAGAAAGAGAAACCAAUGAUUUCAUAGGAAAUUUGUGGCUUUUGAUUGUAGCUUGUCUGGGUUGUUCGAGGGAGCCUACAUAUAUUGUCAACCAGUCCACUUUGUCUUGUGAGUGUAUAAAACUUCUUAUGUCUGAUUUGGGAAAUCCCAUGAAUCUGCAUGAAAAUUCUUAACUCUCAUUAUUUAGCCGUCUACAAGGUAUGCUGGUCGACGUUGUAUCUACAGGGGCUGUCUCUUCCUGGGUGAUCACCAUUCAGCAAAUGUAAACAAGUUGAAUUUUACUCGACAUCAGAAAUUAAAACCUUCAAGAUUGCCUGCAAGAACUACGCAUAGUUCAGCUAUGGAAUGCUGAUUACUGUUCUGUUCAUGAUCUUCAGUGAGAGGAGUUCCGCAUAAGUGCAAGUAACGCUGUUUUGCAAGUGAAAGUGGUCUAACAUACAAGUUAAACAUAGGAACUUGCUAUUUGUGUCUCUUGCCAUGUGAUUUAAUUGAUUCACAAUAUCAUGGAGAAUGGUUUGUUUAGUGUUCCAAUAGAUAUGGCAGGAAGGAAUUCUGUUACCAUGGACUGUUCAUCACAAAGAACCCCCAACUCACUUGUCCAGUUGGAUUCAUUUAACCUUAACCACCAUAAUCAAACAUUGGCUGGAUUUACCAUGCUUCCAACAUUGCAAGGAGAACCUAUAAGUGAUCUCCAUGCAAACAUUCACUCAGCAAAUCGAUCUUCAUUUAUGAACUCAGAUGCAUUAGUUGCAUCUCUUGGAAGGAAUGUUGUGGGAGAUACUUUACCUGGCUGUUCACGUUCUGCUGGUAACCCUCCAUUUGAAGAGCAUUUUGGGAGUGGAAUCCCUAAUUAUGCACUUGCUACUCUUGUGGCUACAAGAAGUGGUCUUCAAGAAACUCUGAACAACUUGGCAAUUUCAGGACCAUCAAGCUACCCUUUGGAAGAGUCAAGGUCAUUUGUUUCAAAUGAUUGCACCAAUGCUUUGAAUUCAUCAUUUGCGUCAUCUUUGAAUUAUGGAUGUGGUGAAGUAUUUGGUAGUACGAAUGGUAAGGAGGAUUUUGACAGGUUUCCUGCUCCCAUAGAGCUCAGUGGACGAACACCUUUAAGAGCAGGGUUUCAACCACAUUCGUCCGUUGGAAACCUGCAACCAAAUGGCUGGAUAACAUCAAAUGGUGUGAAUGUGAGUGCAGAUGAAUGUUUUGCAUCUGGUAAACUUGCUAAUGAGCUCUCUUUAAGCCUUGCCACAUCUCAGCCUUCUGUCAUGGAUAGCAGAAGUAUCCCUGAUCAAAGCUCGGAGAUCGCUCUUAAUCAUGUAGCACGCCACUUCUCGAAAGAAACAAGGUUAGGCUCUGAACAAACUUCUUGUAGCAGUAAGGAGCUUUCUUUGAGUUGCAGUUCUUACAAAACUGGUCAAUCCUCACAAGUAUUAUUAGGAUCCAGAUAUCUUCAUGUAAUACAGGAAAUACUUGCUCAAAUUGCAAGCUAUUCACUGGAGAAUCUAGACCAGGGGUUCAAGACUGGAGCAAGUACACUAUUCUCUUCAAGUUACGCAAUGGAGGGAGGGAUGCCGCUGAUGGGCUUUGAUAAAUCUCCUGAUGGGAGUGAUAGACUUGAUAUUCAAAUGGAUCCAGCACUGCAGAAACGGGCACUGGAAGCAAAGAGAACACAAUUGCUAACUCUACUGCAAGUGGUUGAUGAACGAUAUAGCCAAUGCUUGGAUGAAAUACACACAGUUAUUUCAGCAUUCCAUGCUGCAACUGAGUUGGACCCACAGAUUCACACACGUUUUUCUCUUCAAACAAUAUCUUUCUUGUACAAACGCCUUAGGGAGCGGAUCAGCAACCAAAUCCUAGCAAUGGGAGCUCAUUUGGAUAGUGGAGACACCAUAGAGACAGAAGGAUCUUUUGGAACUUCAUACUUACAAAAGCAAUGGACUCUCCAGCAGCUGAAGAAAAAUGACCAUCAACUAUGGAGACCCCAGAGAGGCUUACCAGAAAGAUCUGUCUCAGUUCUGCGUGCAUGGAUGUUUCAGAACUUUCUUCACCCGUACCCUAAAGAUGCAGAGAAGCAUUUGCUUGCGGCAAAAAGCGGACUAACAAGAAGCCAGGUAUCAAAUUGGUUUAUAAAUGCUCGUGUUCGUCUAUGGAAACCAAUGAUAGAGGAGAUGUAUGCCGAGAUGAACAGAAGAAAGGCUCACCAAAACGAAGAGGGAACCAACAGCAAUCACAGAAUUAGCAUAUCAGCAAUCCAAGAUUUAAUGUGAGCUAGAGUUGGAUGUAAAAAUAGACAUGGUAGUGACGUGAAGAACUACUUUGUUACUAUUAUGAUUGAAUAGGUGGGGGGAAAAAAAAGGCAUCCAGCAAAUGGAUAUAACUGUAUAUAAAUGCUCUAAAGUGUUGUUGGGGUUAACAUUUUAAUCACGUAUUUGUUAAUUGGGAUAUGUUCCCUCCACUAGCCAUGGAUUAACUAAGUGGAAUUCUUAUGCAUGCAUUGAACUUGAAUUCAUGCCAAUCUUUCUUUUA